GUUUAAAUACACACUUUUCGCCAUAAGAUGCUAUUGAUUGUGGUUUUAACGUUUAUACUCCAGUUGGAAAAACGAUAACUUAUAUAUGUGGUCCGAAAACUGUUUUAGGAGGAUUUGAAAUAUGUGGAAACAACUGUGUUAUAUCCUUAAAUGUUAAAUCAAAUAAACCUGUAUAUAAAUAUUCAUUCAACUUUUAAUAUGUAAUGAUUGAUCACUGGGAUUUUAAACGUGAAUUUUUAUAUUUUAAAAUAAAUGGAUCUCUUGCUGCAAAAUUAUAAAAAGUUUUUACUUUUUAAAUAUUAUGCGCAAGAAAACAUUUAAAAGAAAAAUACUAAUAAGCUGAUUUCGAUUUUUAAACUAAUGAUACUCUACUUGAUAUUACGAUUACUAAUGAAAUAUUUAUAAAUAAUGACGCUUUUUUAAAAUCGUUUGGAAUUACGGAAUUUGAAAUUUAUGCUUUUGAGUGUAUGCCUUAAUGUGCUAAAUGUAAUAACGAUACUUCUUGUAGUUCUUGUUUUGAUGGCUAGUAUUUAAAUAUAGAUAAUUGUUAAAAUUGUGGUAUUGCGUAAUGCUAAAAAUGUACAGAUGGAAUUUCUUGUGAUUUAUGUGAAAUUGGAUAUUUUUAUAAUGAUUCUUAAUGUAUUUCUUCAUGUCCAAAAAAAAAAUAUGCAGAUGCUUCAACAAGAACUUGUUAGGAUUGUAAUAGUAAAUGUGCAACUUGUUCUAAUGCAACUGAUUGUGACACUUGCUUUAAGAAUAGGGUUGGAACUACUUGUGAAUGCCCUGCUUAUAGCUAUGAUAAUUUGAAUUACACAUAAGCUUGUAUCGAAUGCUCUACUAUAUCAAUUGGAUGUUCUACUUGUAAUGCUACUAAAUGCUAAGCAUGUCUAUCAACGCAUUUUUUAGAUGGAAAUUCAUGUGUAACAGCCUGUCCUGCAGGUAAAUGGGGAAAUACGACAAAUAGAUAAUGUACAGCUUGCUUAUUUAAAUGUGCAACUUGCUCUAAUGCAACUGAUUGUGACACUUGUUUUGAGAAUAGACUUACUUAAUAAUGUAAUUGUCCUUAAUAUUCUUAUGAUCCUAAUAUUUUCAAUUAAGCCUGUACUUUGUGUUCUACUUUUUCAACUGGAUGUGUUACAUGUAGUAAAACGGAAUGUCUUACAUGCAAAAUUCCUUAAU